UUAUCGGCGGUCAAGGAGCUUGAGCUUAGCCGGCCAGCUGCCGUCGUGGUGCAGGACGCUCCACUCCUCUGGGCCACUCUCCAAAAUGGAGGUAUCCUACGCUACGACGAGUAACGUUGAUGUAGUUUCGGUUGCCUCUGGAGAUCGGCCGGUAAAGGUGCUGCCACUGGUACAUCCAUCGCCGUCUUCAUCUAGGAGGCCGUCGGCGCCUUUCCUAGGCCGGUGGGUUUCGAUGCUCAGGGAGAUGUCGUCGAGGGAAUGGACGGAGAUCUUUCUUCCAUGUGCUCGGUGGAUUCGGAGCUAUCGCUGGAGGGAAUAUCUCCAGGCCGAUCUCAUUGCUGGGGUCACCGUCGGCAUCAUGCUUGUCCCUCAGUCAAUGUCAUAUGCCAAGUUAGCAGGGCUUCAUCCAAUUUAUGGGCUUUAUUCUAGCUUUGUUCCAAUCUUUAUCUAUUCUAUAUUUGGUUCAUCACGUCAACUUGCGAUUGGUCCGGUGGCUUUAGUAUCACUUUUGGUCUCCAACGUCUUGCACAAAAUAGUGGAUUCUUCUGAAAAGCUGUACACAGAACUUGCAAUACUAUUGGCCUUCAUGGUUGGCGUGCUGGAAUGUCUCAUGGGAUUAUUUAGGCUUGGAUGGCUGAUUCGUUUUGUAAGCCAUUCUGUGAUAUCUGGUUUCACUACUGCCUCGGCCCUUGUAAUUGCGCUAUCUCAAGCCAAGUACUUCUUAGGCUACAAUAUAGAAGGAAGUAGCAAAAUCGUUCCUCUUAUUCGCAGCAUAAUUGCUGGAGCUGGUGAUUUUAAAUGGCCUCCUUUUGUCAUGGGAUUCUUCAUUCUUGGCAUCCUUCUUUUGAUGAAGGAGCUGGGAAAAACAAAGAAAAAUUUACGUAUGCUUAGAGCGUCUGGCCCCCUAACAGCAGUCAUAUUGGGGACAUCUUUUGUGAAAAUAUUUCAUCCAUCUUCAAUUUCAGUGGUUGGUGAUGUACCCCAGGGACUGCCAAAAUUCUCUGUUCCAACAGAAUUCCGGAAUGCAAAAUCUUUGAUUCCGACAGCAUUUCUCAUUACCGGCGUGGCCAUCAUGGAAUCUGUGGGAAUUGCUAAAGCGCUGGCAGCAAAGCAUGGCUAUGAAUUGGACUCAAAUCAAGAGUUAUUUGGUCUCGGUGUAGCAAACAUAUGUGGCUCAUUUUUCUCUUCAUAUCCGACAACUGGUUCCUUCUCUAGAUCAGCUGUAAAUCAUGAGAGUGGGGCCAAAACUGGUUUAUCUGGAAUUACAAUGGGAAUUAUUAUGGGAUGCGCUCUAUUGUUUAUGACACCAUUAUUUAGAGAUAUACCUCAGUGUGCGCUGGCUGCAAUUGUGGUGUCUGCUGUGAUGGGUCUGGUGGAGCAUAAAGAAGCUAUUUUCUUGUGGCGUGUAGAUAAGAGAGACUUUUUUCUUUGGAUUGUAACUUGCAUCACCACUUUAGUCUUUGGUAUUGAGAUUGGAGUUCUUAUUGGAGUGGCCUUCUCUCUUGCAUUUGUCAUCCACGAGUCAGCAAAUCCACAUGUUGCUGUGUUGGGACGACUUCCUGGAACAACAGUUUACAGAAAUAUUUUACAAUAUCCUGAAGCUUAUACUUAUAAUGGUAUAGUGGUCGUCCGAAUAGAUGCACCCAUUUAUUUUGCAAACACUAGUUAUAUUAAGGAAAGGCUGCGUGAGUAUGAACUUGAUAUGUCAGGAAGCAUCAGGAGAGGCCCGGAUGUUGGGAGAAUUCAUUUUGUGAUCAUUGAGAUGUCACCUGUUACAUAUGUGGAUUCAAGCGCCAUUCAAGCACUCAAGGAGUUACAUCAAGAGUACAAAUCACGGGGCAUCCAGAUUUUAAUUGCAAAUCCCAGCAGAGAAGUUCAUCUCUCUCUAUUCAAAUCUGGCCUACUUGAUAUUCUCGGUAAAGAGUGGUGCUUUGUUAGAGUUCAUGAUGCCGUGCAAAUCUGCCUCCAACGGGUGCAAAAGCUGCACGGAUUGGUGUCUCAUAACUCAGACCAAACGCCCAGGAAACAGUACAGUUUCCUGCAAAGCCUAUGGAAGCAAGGUGAGGAAACCAACUCUUACUCCGAGCCACUUUUGUCCGAGAAGGACGUUUGAUUUCCGUCUCAAACGCUAAAUUUGAAAAAUAAAAAUAAAAAAUAAAAAAAAGAAAUGAGAAAAAAAUAAUUCUUUUUCACCUAAUUCAAUUCUUGCCAUGAAUUUUUGUCAGAUGAAAUAAUAAUUUUCCACAAAUAUUGUAUUGAUUCAUAAAUUCGACUGGUGAAAAAAUGUCUUUCUUGCCAUGAAUAUUUAUUUGCAAUGAAUUUGGUCUAGGGAAAUAAACCAUCGAUGUUUCAUCAAGCUCAAGUUGUCUGGCUAGAUUUGCUUCCAUGUUUAGACAAUUUGUCUGACUAAAUUAUUCAUAAAAAAAUGUAUAAUUCAUAUACAUUGCAUAUUUUCAUCUAUAUGUAAAUAUAACUAAAUUACUGUUGGGCUGAAUGUGCUU